UUUUGAAGCCCAAAACCGGAAGUGACGUUGACUCUACGUCCUGUUUUCUAAACGCAAAGAAUACACUGCUAGUUUAUAAGCUUAAUUUAGCUAUUCACUACGAAGUUUAAAAUGUCUAGAAUAGAACUAUUACGGUCGUUUUUCAACCAGAGAUUAGCAGCUGCUGCCGAAGAGAUAUUCCGGGUCGUGGAGAAAACGAUAGCCGAGUACCAGGACGAGAUGUCCCGCUCGGAAGAGAGGAACAGCCGUCUACAGAAGCUGCUCGAUAUCACUAUUAAACCAGAAAUAAAGUUGUAUAGAGCAGACGCUAAUUAAUUUCAGAUCCCAGAUCAGCAGUGCCUAUUGAUGAGUUUCAAUCUUCCGGACACCCAGCUGCAGCAGCUCCCAGCCUGUGGAGAACAGGUUCCCUCUGAGCAGGAGGAGUGGAUCCACAGUCUGGGGCAGGAGGAUCCACAGUCUGGGCCAGGAGGAUCCACAGUCUGGAGCAGGAGGAUCCACAGUCUGGGGCAGGAGGAUCCACAGCCCGUUCACAUUAAAGAGGAACAGCAGGAACUCUGGACCAGUCUGGGGGAAGGUCAGGAGUCUGACACCACAGAGUUCAUAUUCACUUCCGCUUGUGUGCAAAGUGACUGUAAUCAGGACCCACCUCAGCCCUCACAUCUCUACCAGACCCAGAGUACCAGCACCUCAUAUGAACAGUUGAAAAGAGGAACUACAGAGGACCGCCAACUAUUAGAGACACCCAGUGCUUCUCAGCCCGUCUCUGCAGGGAAGUCGAUCCAUCCUAGUUCUCCCUCUAAGAGUCGCUGUAAGGUGUGUGGGAAAAUGUUUCUCAUGAAAAGCUAUUUCUUUAAACAUGUGAGAAUGCACACCAAGAUGAGAGAACGUGUCUGUGGGGUGUGUGGAAAACAGGUUGAGUUAGAGGCUCUAAAAGAUCACGUUCAAGCUCACAUCGAUGCUCAGUUUACUUGUCAGUUCUGCAGUAAGUGUUUCACUAAGAAUAAUGCUCUGAGGUUACACAUGAGGAUCCACACAGGGGAGAAACCCUACCGCUGUUCUGUCUGCGGCAGAGGGUUCGCAGGAGCAACCAAUCUAACCAAUCACAUGAGGAUCCACACAGGGUAUAAACCCCACCGCUGUACUGAGUGUGGACGGUGUUUCUCUGUCCUGGGUCAUCUCCAGACACACAUGAGGAGCCACACGGGGGAGAAACCCUACCGGUGUACUGUCUGUGGUAAAGGGUUUAGUGUGAGCUGCAACCUGACGCAGCACAUGAUGAUACACACAGGGGAGAGACCUUACCACUGUCCUGACUGUCAGAAAGGAUUCAUCACCAUGGUCCGGCUGAGGAGACAUCAGAUCGCUGUUCACAUGCAGGGAGCAAUGUUCUUCUGUAAUGAGCAACAGCUGUAAAAGCAUGCAGGCCUUGAAACACACAGUAGAGUACAGAGAGAGAGACAGCGAUGACAUGAUGAGCCCUGACGUAAGACACAGAGAGACAGCGAUGACAUGAUGAGCCCUGACGUAAGACACAGAGAGACAGCGAUGACAUGAUGAGCCCUGACGUAAGACACAGAGAGACAACGAUAACAUGAUGAGCCCUGACGUAAGACACAGAGAGACAGCGAUGACGUAAGACACAGAGAGACAGCGAUGACAUGAUGAGCCCUGACGUAAGACACAGAGAGACAGCGAUGACAUGAUGACCCCUGACGUAAGACACAGAGAGACAGCGAUGACAUGAUGAGCCCUGACGUAAGACACAGAGAGACAGCGAUGACAUGAUGAGCCCUGACGUAAGACACAGAGAGACAGCGAUGACAUGAUGAGCCCUGACGUAAGACAUAGAGACAGCGAUGACAUGAUGAGCCCUGACGUAAGACACAGAGACAGCAAUGACAUGAUGUGCCCUGACGUAAGACACAGAGAGACAGCGAUGACAUGAUGAGCCCUGACGUAAGACACAGAGACAGAGAGACAGCGAUGACAUGAUGAGCCCUGACGUAAGACACAGAGACAGAGAGACAGCGAUGACAUGAUGAGCCCUGACGUAAGACACAGAGAGACAGCGAUGACGUAAGACACACAGAGAGACUAGCUUCCACCUGUAAGAGGAGACUUCUUGGUGAAUAAGACAUGACUGAACUGCUGGACUUCAGAUUUAACAGAGAAGUUGGUGGACCGUAUCUUCUGAGCAACAGAAGUCCCUGAUCAUUAGUUAGAACAGUUGGUUCUCAGACUGUUUGGGGCCUGGGACCCCUUCUGUGUGAGUAAAUUCAUCAGGGACACCCUCAUCAGAACACAACUAGAGUGAGAUAUGAAAUAGCAUACAAGGAAUUUUACUGUGACUUUGGCAGUGCAUUGUGGGACAAACCAAGUCCCCGGGAAGGAACAUUUUAAAAGGCAUCACAGAAAGAAAUGAGCAGUUUUCAAGCUAAUUUCCAUGUACUGUCAUCUGUUGUUGAGAGUAAAACAUAUUGUUUAUAUACUGUCACCUGUAUUGUCACAUCUGCUUAAUAUUGCUAACCUUAAAUCUACAAUGAUUGGGGAUCUUUCACUAUUCUACCUAUUUGACUUUAACUUGAGAAUAAAAUGUGUUGUUUUAAAUAGUGUAA